AUGGCAGAGAGCACAAGUGCAAAAGGCAACUCUGGUGACUUUGCUAAAAAAGUCCAAAGACAGCUGAGCAGAGGAAAAGAGAAGGUACUGCAAAGGCUGGGAAAGACUGUGGAGACCAGAGAUGACCAGUUUGAACUGCUGCACCAACAGUUUCAUGACCAGCAGAGUGAUGGGAACCGGAUAUACAAGGACCUGAGGAACUACAUCAACGCAGUGAGAGACAUGCGUGAAGCAUCGAGGCGCCUUUCCCAGUCUCUGUUUGAUGUUUAUGAACCCGACUGGGCUGGAGAGGAAGACUUGGGAGCCAUUGUAGAGGGGGAGGAUCUCCUGUGGAAUGACUAUGAAGUGAAGCUAUUAGACCAGGCCAUACGCACCAUGGAGUCCUAUGUGAGCCAGUUCCCAGACAUCAGGGAGAAAGUUGCCAAGAGGAGAAGAAAACUGAUCGACUACGACUCCUCCCGUCACCACCUGGAGGCACUGCAAACAGCCAAGAAGAGGGAUGAUAUCAAGAUAAGCAAGGCAGAGGAAGAGAUGAGUUAUGCCAAAAAUGUCUAUGAAGGCAUCAACAGUGAGCUAAAAGAAGAGCUGCCUGUGCUCUAUGACAGCCGUAUUGGGUGCUAUGUGGCUGUCUUCUCAGCCAUGUCAAAUUUACAAGACAUCUUCUAUAAAGAAAUGCGCACGAUCAAUCUGGAUCUACAGAACGUGAUAAAGGAGCUGCAGGCUCAGAACCCAGACAAAGUGUUUGCCGUGAAGGGACUGCAACGUUAUGGCUCCCUGAGGAGACGGACUCUGAUGUCCCCUAAGGCCUGGAAAGCCAGCUUCUCUGAGUUUCACAAGAGCUACAGUCCUAAAACUGGCCAGAGGUUUAGUUUCAAGUCCCCAGACAAACCUUCCCGUGGGACUCUGUCCAGAGAGAGCAGCACCCUGGCUGUCUCCCCACGGUCGCCACUGGAGAGCCCCACCCCUGAGCCCGGGGACCUGGACUCCGAAUCGAGCCACAGUGAGAUCCACAGCUCUCCUGCGCAAGAGGACAACACAGCGGGGAUGGGCGGAAAUGAGCUGAAGUCAGGAGAAGACGGCUAUCAGGUGGAAGAGGAGAAGGACGUGAAAGAAGAGGAGUCUGAACCAAAGCCUCCUGCAGAAUCUGAGAAGGGAGACGGCGAGAAAGCCCCAGCAAGUGAGAGCAGCUCUGAACUGAACAACUCCUGUGAUUCAGAGAGCUUGGAGCUCCAGCUCUCUGCUGCAGACAACGGCCCACUGCACAUUGAGGAAAGAGAAGACAGCCCAGUAACCCUCGACACUCCUAAGUCAAAUGGACUGGAGAAUGGGUUUAAAUCUGACUCCAAGGACCCAGGCAUUCCUCACAAGGAUGCUGCUGCAGAAAAACAGGCGCCCCUGGACUCCAAAAGCACAGUGGUUUAAAGCUUUCACACUCUGACUUAAGAUUUGUUUGCGUCUUUUCAUGCAUACAAUCUGUCACAUGCUGUCGUUCCUCUUCUCUCUUUGUCUGUUGUUUCUGUGUUUGACUGAGCAGAAUAGCUCAGAAGAGACUGAAGUCAACAGCUGCACAAGAGAAAAAAAAAUGUGGAGACAGCCGCACUGAAAUGUCCAACUGGUGUCAAGAAUGAUGUUCUGUGCGUUGACUUGUUGCUGUUAGUUUUAUUAUUUAUCUUUUAUUGAGAUCAACUGUAAAUACAGCACACUAAGCUUUGGAUAUUUUUUGUAAUAGCCUGGUUUCAUCUUAAUUGUCCUUUCAAAUGUAGCCCAACCCACUGAAUUAUAUCCUGGAGCAAACGUACAUUUUAAAAUCAGAAUAGUUAUUUUUUGUGUCUAAUGUUGUAAACAAAAAUGCACCAUGAUGUUUACUCUGUUAGAAAACUUACCGACUGACUACAACACAGUUUCUGUCCAGAGAUGUGCUACAUCCCAGUACAUGGUCUCAGUUUCAUGAGGAACAGAG